AUGUAUGCUGAACGCCCAUGGACAACCUGUGCGAAUGAAGCUAAUCUCGCUACUGCCAAGCCAACGACGCCUGUAUUCUCCACAUAUCACGAUCAGGGUCAGGUGAAUGCGUAUCAUCUUUUUCCUCCAUCUGCUCUGAGACAGCCUGUCGCUCAAAAGGCUUCUGUGACUAGACCUCCUAUUGUGUCGUCCUACUUAAUCGAUAUACCAAGUUACGGCACUGACUACUACAUGGGGAACGGUCCGAAUGCUGGGAAGAUUCUAAACAAAGAAGUGGAUAAUAUUGACGUGUAUCCCCGAACAGAUAAUUAUCAGAGUCCAAUGGUAAUCGAGCAGAGUUACCAGGCGCCAAAGUGUCUUCCGAAGAACAUUUUCGUAGCAACACCUGACGCCAACACAGUUUCGCCCUCAACUGCAAUACAGGAAGCAGCUACCCCAAUGAGGAAUAGUACGGGUGGCCCAUGGGCGACGUCAUUUUACGCAUGGAAGCGCGACGAACGGGUGCCACACACUGAUGAUGCAAUAAGAUUGGAUAUCGGUAUUGCCAUUUUUGUAUUGAAAGAACCAGGCUGGGUUUCUGCAACCCUAUUUGUGGGUAUUGGCAGUAAGAUAAGAUUGUAG